AUGGGAGGACCCUCUACCAUUCCCGAAGUACACGAUUUCUUAUCACGUUUAUUUCACGAUCACGAUUUGAUACCAUUACCAUUCCAAUCCAUACUUGCACCUAUAAUAGCCAAGAGACGUACGCCUCAAAUAGAAAAACAGUAUACCGAAAUAGGAGGUGGAUCACCUAUAUUGAAAUGGACAAAGAUUCAAGGUGAAGAAAUGUGUAAAUUAUUAGAUGAAUUAAAUCCUGAAUCCGCACCACAUAAACCAUACGUUGCAUUCAGAUAUGCUAAACCUUUAACGGAAGAUUGUCUGGAAGAAAUGAAAAAAGAUGGUGUAAAAAGAGCGAUUGCAUUCACACAAUAUCCUCAAUAUAGUUGUUCAACCACUGGUAGUAGUUUAAAUGAAUUAUUCAGGAUCGCUAAGAAAGAUGGUUAUGGUGAUCAAGGUUCGGUAGAGUGGAGUGUAAUGGAUAGAUGGCCUGUAAACAAAGGUUUAAUAGAGGCUUUCGCACAAAACAUCAAAACCGCUUUACAGCAAUACCCCGAAGAAAGGAGGAAUGACGUCGUGAUCUUAUUUUCAGCUCACUCCUUACCUCUAGAAAUUGUAAAUCGAGGUGAUCCUUACACAGCUGAAGUAGCCGCUACCGUUCAUUCCGUGAUGACCGAGUUGAACUUCUGCAACCCUUAUCGGCUCACUUGGCAAUCCAAAGUCGGACCAAAAGCAUGGCAAGGUCCUCAGACAGCUUCAGCAAUAGAAGGUUUCGCCAAGAUCGGUAAAAAAGACGUUUGUUUAGUACCGAUCGCUUUCACAAGUGAUCACAUCGAGACUUUGUAUGAGCUGGAUAUCGAGGUCAAAGAAGAGGCUGAAAAGCUCGGUAUCCAUCUCACCCGUGCAUCCUCAUUGAACGAUUCACCAAUAUUCCUCCGAGCUAUCGCGGAUCUGGUAUCCAACCAUAUGAAAGAUUACGAUGCGGGCAAAAUCGGACCUACUGGUAAACAAUUAUCACUACGAUGUCCAGGAUGUGUCAAUCCCAAAUGUGGAAAGACUAAAGAAUGGUUGGCGAAUGGAGGGAAAGAUUUAGCGGUUGCUGCUUAG